AUGAAAAAUUGUAAAUUGUGUGGAUAGAGCUCACAAUAGCUUAUUUUAGAGAAACUUUAAACAAAGUAUUUUGAAGCCUUCAAUUUCUAUUUUGCUAAGCCAAUUAAUGAAAUUCUGUCAUCAAUUGCUAAUACUCCUCAUGUAAUCUAUUAUAAGGAUUAUGUGAUAUUAGAUGAAUAAUAAGAAUACAUGAAAAGGUAGUAGAACUUCCUUAACAUGUAGAUAUUAUAAGAAAGAGGAAGUCAAACCAAGAAUCGAUAUUUUAACAGACUUUUACGUGACGAAUUACAAAGAGGCUCAUCCUUACUUACUAGUUGUUGAAAGUCAUGCAUUAAUGAGUAAAAGAAAUAAGAAAAUUGAUAAGCUCUAUUAUUAGAGAAUGUAAGAAAGCGAAAAUUCUAAUAAAUCUUAGAAUCCAAUUAUUAUUAAUAAUGUUCUCAAUUCAAAACUAUCUUCAAAAUCUUAAAUAAGUUAUGAAACAGAAGAACAUGAUAUUUAUUGCUCUUAAGAUUAACCUUAUAAAUAAAAUCGUAUAGAUUUUAAAGGUAUUAAUUUACUUGGUGGUGACGAGGAAAAUAACUUAUUUAUUGAAAUUUUAGAUAAAUAAUAUUAAAAUAUCAAUUAAAUGACAAAUCAAAAUAAAUUACUGCCUUAAAAUUUUUACAUUAGAUCUCCUCCAUAAAGUCAAUAAAAUAUAUAAACCAAUAUAAUUAAGGAUCUUCAUGCUAUUAAAAGUGUAAAAAGAAGAACUAACAACAUGGAUCUUAGAGAAAAGAAAGGUAUAUAAAUGGAUAUAUAAUUAUAUUUAUAGGUAUAUUUGCUAAUUCUAAGAGUGAAUCAAAACAUUCUUAAUCAAGUUUCAAAAUGUCUAAGAUUAAAGAUUCUGUUGAUUAGUAAGUUGAUUAGUUCUGUGAAUAUGUCUCUGGAUAAAUAGAACCAUCUGAUUUGGAAGGUAAGAAUAAGAUGUCUCGAAUAUAGAGUGAUAAUAUUACUAUUUAAAAGAUGCUUAAGGAAUAUUAAGGCAAUUAGAACCGAUAAUUAAGAUCAACAAUUUCAUAAGAUUUAUUAGUUGCAAGUACAUCUACUCUUAUAUAGGGAUUUUAAGGUUCUCAAAAAAGUAUUAAAUAAUAAGAUUAAAACAAUAAUAAUGGUAGUAUAUAAAAUAUAUCUUAAAGACAAGAAUAACUUAAAAAAGUAUAUCAACCACUUAACGUCUAAUAAAAGAAAAUAAAUUAAAAUCAAUUAGAUAGAAUUACAAAAGGAGGAUGUUUAACAGAUAGAAAUACUAAAUAAUUACCGAUUUCUGAAGACUUAUUUACCAAGUUGCAUGAUAUCAAAAUCAAAAGUUCUUAAAAUGCAGAUCUUUAAAAAAAACCUGAAUUUAAUUAUAUGAUACCAUCUUAAUACAAUGCUAUGACUACUUUCAAAAUUGCAAAUAAUAAUAAAGCUAAAUCUUAAUACACUAAAAAGACUGUUGCACUUGAUAAUGCUACUAAAUCAUAACAUUAAUAAUAGGGUAAUCAUAGUCAAUCUAAGGUUCUCAAUAUUAAUACACAUAAAACUGAUGAUAUUGUUAAAAAGUACAUAUAAUUGGCUACUUAAUCUAUUUAAAAUCAUAAAAAAUUUGAUUUCAAAUUGAAUCUUUAAAAUUUAAAUAAUAAUGAACCUCAUUUAGAUGAAGAAUUCUGUAUUUAUAAAACAUUAUAUAUUAAAUAGAAAAUAAACGAUUGAAUUUUCUUACUGAAAGACAUAGUUAAUAAUAAUAAGACAAAGAUUAAUUUAUAACUCAUAGAAAAAUUGUGAAUAAAUGA